AUAAGCAGUAUUAAGCACCCUCUUCUUCUAAAAUCUUGAACUCUCCGAGUUACUCCUUACUCUCACGCAAACUAUGGGGGACCGAGAACGACACAGAGACCGGGACAGAGAAAGACGCCGAGACCGCGUCCGCGUCAAGAGCUCGCAUACACCCGAGCGCACCAGACCACGCCAUACCCGCUCCCGCACGCGCUCCAUCUCCCGUUCUCGGACUCCAGACGACAGGUCCCACCGGCGGCGCCAGCACCACGACCGCAGCCUCUCGACGGAGCCACGCAAGCAGCAGCGGCGCGAGUCGACUGUGGAGGACGAGAGGGACAGAAAGAAGGCCGCGGUUUUGGACUUGGUUGAGGGCAUCGCGAAGGAGCAGAAAACUCAGCAGAAGCCGAGCAGCGAUGGUGAUGGUGGUGAGGGUAUGGACGAGGAUGAGAUUGAGAUGAUGAAGAAAUUGGGGAUGCCGACUGGGUUCGACUCGACAAAAGGGAAGCCGGUGCUGGGCGCCGAUGUAAGUGGCGUUAGGGCUGUCACGAAGCGGCAGCCAAGACAGUAUAUGAACCGCCGCGGUGGAUUUAAUCGGCCGUUACCUGCCGAGCGCAGUCGCUAGAUUACUGGUUAGGCUUUAUAAUCCCCUUAUUUGCUGUUUCAGUUAGGGUGGAAUGUUCUACUUACGCUCAAGUUUACAUUAUAAGUAGGAUGUUGUUGAGUAUAAUGUCGGUUUAUGAUUUCUUUUAUUCGUGUUAGAAUUCGAUUUUACUUCAAAUUCGAGCUUACUAAUUUCUUGUUUUGUGGUGCAA